AUGGAUGGUAGUGAUACACAACUAACUUAUCAAACAGAUUCCCAAACAGGUCCGUCGACUAUGGCCAACGUCGAGCCUCAACGUCCCUUAUAUACAGUACCUGGCAUCCUUCAUUUUCUCCAACACGAAUGGACUAGAUUCGAAAUCGAACGGCAACAAUGGGAAACUGAACGAGCUGAAUUUCAAGCACGUAUUGCUUUUCUUCAGGGCGAAAGACAAGGACAAGAAAACCUGAAAAAUGCACUCGUCAGACGUAUCAAAAUGCUUGAAUAUGCAUUGAAACAAGAAAGAUUGAAGUUUAAUAAAUUAAAGUAUGGCAGUGAAAAUAUUCCAUUAGAAGAACAAAAAUCAACAUCGAAUGAAGCACCAAACUUUGAUGACGAUGAUAAUAAGGAAGAUCCUAAUUUAGCUUUCGGUGGUAGUAGUGUUUCCUUCAAACAAGGUCGUCAAUUACUUCGACAAUAUCUAAAAGAGAUCGGUUAUGUCGAUACGAUCAUUGACAUUCGUUCAACAGCUGUUAAGAAAUUACUUGGAAUUAAGAGUGAAACAAACAUCAAUGGAAAUAAUAACAAUAAUAAUAACAAUAAUAAUAAUAUGGGAUUCAACGGCGACGUUAAACCUAUAAGUGAAACGAAACGAAUGAUUCCAAAUAUCAUCAAGAAUGCGACAAGUGAUUUAAGUAAAUCAGUCCUUGCUUCACUUGUUUUUCUCAAAGAAGAUCAAGCUGAGGAAGAUUCAAGCGACGACGAUAUUGAUACGAGUCGAAUCAUACCUAAGCCGAACAACGGAAACUCAACAAAUCAUAACUCUGGUCUUGAUACGCUCAAUGAUCUCGACAGUGAAGAAGCUGCAUUGCAUGAAUUCGAUUUUCUCAGUGGAGAUGCUGCUGCUACUACAAAUAUCAAUGAAAUCACAUCAAAUGAAACAGAUAGUAGUGAAUGGAAUGUUGAUCAAUCUCGAUUUAAUCGAUUAAAAGAAGAAUAUAAACGUGAUCGUCACGGUAAACAACAGCAAGUUUCUUCGUCCAAUCGAACCAAUUUACUUAAUAAUGGAAAUAAUGAUGUUUCUUCUGAUCAACGAACAUUCACGGAAGAUGAACAAAUGAAUCGUGAAAUGGUUGAUACAAUGAUGUUCCGAAAUAGUAAGAAUUUCAUCGGAGACACUGCGGUCGAAGGUCUCGAUGAAUUAGCACGUGUGACAGUUUCAAAUGAUAAUGAAGCUCAAGAUGAGAAUAAUACAAAUGAAUCAUCGGAUUUUCGAAAAACAUGGAAUGUAAAAUAUGUCUUACGAAGUCAUUUGGAUGGAGUGCGUUGUGUCGCUUUCCAUCCCGUCGAAUCAGUUGUAGUCACUGGUUCCGAAGAUCGAACACUGAAAUUAUGGAAUCUAGAGAAAGCUGCUGUGCUGAGAAAGACAACACCAGCUACAUCACAAGAUUUGGAACCGAUCUAUACCUUUCGGCGGCACACUGGCGCUGUUCUGUGUGUGGCAAUGAAUCCAUCCGGAGAACAGUUCUAUAGCGGUGGCCUUGAUUCCAUUAUAUCCGUAUGGAAUGUUCCAAAUUCUGAUGUUGAUCCAUAUGAUUCCUAUGAUUCAAAUGUCUUGAAUAAUGUGUUAGAAGGUCAUACAGAUGCUGUUUGGCAAUUAGUCAUAUCCGGUCAGAAAUUGCUUUCGUGUUCAUCCGAUGGAUCAAUUCGAUUGUGGGAUCCAAGUUUAACUCAACCAUUUCAAUCAACAUUUACUCAUGAUGGCAUACCCAUAUCUAUUGAUUGGUACAUGCAAGAUACGAAUCGAUUUAUUGCCACAUAUGAUUCCCUUCAAACAGUUAUGUAUGACACAGAAACUGGCAAAAUCAUCACACAAUUUGUUAAUGAUAAUCCAACAUCAGAUCCAAACUAUCGAAUAAAUAGAAUUAUAAGCCAUCCAUCACAAGCAAUUAUUAUAAGUGCACAUGAUGAUGGCAAAAUACGAUAUUUUGAUAGUAAUUCUGGUCGAAUAAUACAUUCAAUGGUAGCUCAUCUUGAUACCGUCACAUCAUUAGCAAUUGAUCCACAGCAAUCUACACUACUCUCCAGCAGUCACGAUCGUUCGAUACGUUUGUGGAAUCUCGAAACCAAAAACUGUAUUCAAGAACUAACAGUCCAUCAGAAGAAAGAUGAUGAAUCUAUACAUGACGUUGCAUUUCACUCAUCAAAACCCUAUAUGGCCAGUGUUGGAGCAGAUUCAAUAGCGAAAAUUUAUGCUUAA